AUGUCCCACAAUUCAGCGGCAGCAGUGGCAAAUUACGCAUACCCAGUAAGAGUGGAAGGAUGCCAAUCCACAGCUCACCCCUUCCCAAACAUGUUAAAAGCAGAAGAUUCUCAGUUCUCAGACUCCCACUCGCGCUUAGAUGCCUCCUCCGAGUCUUGCUCCGCAAAAACAUCUAAAACACCGUCACCAAGUGUUGGGAAGCAGGUGUCCACGAGACAGACGCGCAAAGAACGCAAUCGCCAAAACGUUGCUAACUUUCGCGCGCGUCAGCGUAUCACGGCGCAGCUCAAGGAGGAGGUGCUGCUGCUUAAGAAGAGCAAUGCAGAUCUGGAGCAGGAGAAAGAUUAUCUGAAUAGCUUCGUUUUCGAAUUGCAGAGUGCACUGUAUAAUACCAAGUAUAGUAGCAACAUGUUUGUCGAACAGAUCACAUAUCGCAUCGUGUAG